CGGAGGAGGACAUCGACCUGAUCGUGGCGGAGAUCAAGAUGAGCAUGAGCAUGGGCAGCCUCAGCAGUGCCAGUGGCAGCGCCAGCGCUACUGACCAGAGCCCUGACGAGCUGGCCCUGGACCCCGCGCCCGCCUCCGUGCCCAACAGCGCCUCCUACCCUCCGACCGAGGCGCGCGCCAAGCCCCAGGGCACCGCCCCCGGACCCCACCCCUCCGGCCCACACCGCCACGACGGCCGGCCCAAGUCCCUCAACAUCCCCCCGGCACGACACGCCCCGGACGGCCAGAGGGGCUUCAAGGUGCAGCCGCGCAGCCCCGACGAGAGGCAGAGAUGGGCACAGGAGCAGGUGACCAAUAAUGCAGAACAGCCCAGGAAACAGCAGCGUUCCGACCUCAAUGUUCCGCUGGAGAACAACAAUGUUCCGGAGCCAACAAAGAAAACAGCCUUCCCCAGCUUUGUGGAUGUGCCAGGCCCAUGUGAGCCAGAGGACCUGAUUGACGGGAUCAUCUUCGCCGCUAACUACCUGGGUUCUACGCAGCUGCUGUCGGAGCGGAACCCGUCCAAGAACAUCCGCAUGAUGCAGGCCCAGGAGGCCGUCAGCCGCGUCAAGAGCCCUGAAGGUGAUGCCCAGACUCUGACUGAGGUGGAUCUCUUCAUUUCAACCCAGAGGAUCAAAGUCCUCAAUGCAGACACACAGGAGACCAUGAUGGACAACGCGCUGCGGACGAUCUCGUACAUCGCGGACAUCGGGAACAUCGUGGUGCUGAUGGCGCGUCGGCGCAUGCCCCGCACGGCCUCCCAGGACUGCAUCGAGACCACGCCCGGAGCCCCCGAGGCCAAGAAGCAGUACAAGAUGAUCUGCCACGUCUUCGAGUCCGAGGAUGCCCAGCUGAUAGCCCAGUCCAUUGGUCAGGCGUUCAGUGUGGCGUAUCAGGAGUUCCUGCGGGCCAAUGGGAUCAACCCUGAGGACCUGAGUCAGAAGGAGUACAGCGACAUCAUCAACACACAGGAGAUGUACAACGACGACCUCAUCCACUUCUCCAACUCAGACAACUGCAAAGAGCUCCAGCUGGAGAAGCUGAAGGGGGAGAUCCUGGGCAUCGUGAUCGUGGAGUCGGGCUGGGGCUCCAUCCUGCCCACGGUGAUCCUGGCCAACAUGAUGAACGGCGGGCCGGCCGCGCGCUCCGGCAAGCUCAGCAUCGGCGACCAGAUCAUGUCCAUCAACAACACCAGCCUGGUGGGCCUGCCUCUCGCCACCUGCCAGGGCAUCAUCAAGGGCCUGAAGAACCAGGUUCAGGUGAAGAUGAACAUCGUGAGCUGUCCCCCUGUGACCACCGUCCUCAUCAAGAGACCUGACCUCAAGUACCAGCUGGGCUUCAGUGUGCAGAACGGCAUAAUCUGCAGCCUGAUGCGCGGAGGGAUCGCUGAGCGAGGGGGGGUCCGCGUGGGCCAUCGCAUCAUCGAGAUCAACGGCCAGAGCGUAGUGGCCACGGCCCACGAGAAGAUCGUCCAGGCGCUCUCCAACUCCGUGGGCGAGAUCCACAUGAAGACGAUGCCAGCCGCCAUGUUCCGUCUCCUGACUGGUCAGGAGACUCCCAUGUACAUAUGAAGCAGCACCACAGCGCCCCCGCGUGGUGGGGGGGGGUGAGGAGGACAACAGGCCGCAGACCUGCGGGGCGUUUAACAGAGGCAUCAGUACCCAGACAUCAGCAGAGACGAUGGACACACUCUUCACUCCCAUCCCUCCAUCCCUCUCUCUCUCUCUCUCUCUCUUCAUCCCUCUCUCAAUAGUCGUUCUUCAUCCCCCAAUCGCCAGUCGCUGUCUUGUCCACUCCUCCGGUCCUCCCGACCCUGGUGUGAGCCGCGAGCUUGACCCUUGACCCCCCUGCCUGUCCGUCUUGUGGAUUCAGAGCGCUCCACUCCGCUCCGCUCAGCUCUGCUCUGCUUCACAGGAUUCAGAGCAGGUCCCAAGAUAUAAUGCCAAUGUUAUUUAUUAGUUCCCUUGUUGUUUGUGGAUUGUCAUGUUUUUUGUCAGAAAGGAAGGGGGUGAGAGACAUCACAGAUUAUUUUUAUAUGCUUAUAAAUAUUUACAUGUAAAACCUUACUGCAUCUUACAUCCAGUCAUACCUUAUAGCUCUGCUUUGUGUUUUGGAAAGAGACACAUUCAUAAUUCUUGUUUGUUUGUCUUUUUAAAGAAAGAUCCAUGUGUUCAUCUCAGCUGUAUAUAUAUAUAGCCAGCCAUAUCACAACAAACUCACAUACAUGAAGAAGGGAGAGGCAGACUUUGCAACCCUCAUCGUGGCUUCAUGAAGGGCUAUACUUUUGCAUGUCCAUAUGCCGUGACUCCUGGAGGAACCAGCACAAGCACAGGUGAUCAGUUAGCAUCCGUUAGCGGUGCAGCCAUCAGCAACCCCAUGGUUAGCUUAGCUUAAGCAUCGUGUGACUCAUGCAGUGGCCAUCAUGGCUAUUAAACACUACAGUACACUACACUGUUAUCUGCUCUUCAACAAGUUACCACAGCCUGGUUAUUAGUCCAUGUAAUGCAUCAUUUAACACACAAUCUGUCAAUGGAAAAACAAAGAUAAAGCCAGUUCUUUGGUAGAACCCCUUAACAACUUCUACAUAGAACUGUGAUGUAUGUAGGGGUUCUUUUGUAGAAUUUCUUUUUAGCCAUCAAGAUGACAGGUUCCAGCUUCAAAAGUUCUAAGUGUAAGCUUGAAGUAGAACCUCAAAUAAAAGUUAUUUUCUUGUCGUCAUAAUGGAACUGGCAUCCGACACAUGCACUUGCGUUGGGUCAUCAUCAGCUUUAUUUGUUGUGUUAAGAAUUCUACUUGUGUGUGGGCGAGCCGAGGGGCCUGCUAUUCCGAGGGCCUACUCAAAGCCAUGUAAAUAUCACCGCUGAGUCUCCUCAUGAACUUAUCAUUUCUAAUUCAGUACGAUCGCUCAUCCUUGAUCUGGUGUACAGAACUCUACAGAAUGUGUUCCCAAAAGGGCCGCCGUGUUCCAUUCCCGAAGCUCUGCUCCUUUACUUUGGGCAUUACAAGUGGGACAGAUGUGGCUCCUCUGUCAUCGUUUUGCAGGAAUCACAAGCCGUGUGUACGAUAUGCGCAGCGCAACAUCUUUUACGCGCCAUAUGUGUACACACACCAGACUGCUCCUGGCAUAUUGUAAUACCAUAAAACACCAGACAGCUCCUGGGAUAUUGUAAUAACAUUUAAAAAACAAAUGUCUAAAAUGUUACCAUAUGUACUGUACAUUUAAUUUCUUUUAAAAACAAAACAAACAAGAAAUAACAAGAAAAACAAAAAAAACAAUGGAACAUCAAAUGUGUAACUGCAAAGUUUAUUUUUUAUGUGUGCAAUGUCGGUUCUCGUGCGUGUGUGUGUGUAUGAGUGUGUGCGACCAGGCGAGUCCAUGGUGAAUGUAACUGUGUUGUUUAAGGAAAAGGAUGUUUUGUUUUUUUGUUUCUUUGGACACCUUAAGCAGUAUUGGAAUGUCUGUACAUAAAAAGUCAAGUCUCAUCUGGUGUCGUGUGCUCAUCCAUCCCUAUUCCACGGUUAGUCUCGGAGAACAUCCUCAUCACUCAACGGACGUUUGGAUGGACGUUUGGCAAUAUGGGUUCCACACUGUGAUGGCGAGCCUUACAGGAGCGUUAAUGCUUUUUAAAACACUGCAAAAUGUCUUAUAUGAAGAUGUAAACUCUGAAAACUAACGAUACAUUAUCAUUACUAGCUGUCUGCAUGUGAGUUUAAAGAUAUCAUUAUGUCAAAAAUAACAAAUAAAAUGUAAAAUAAC